GUUAUCAUCUCGCUUGAACCACAGAAGCACAGAACGAUCUAACAACACUAACGUCCAUCUACGACUGUAGUUUUCAGUUUUGGUAUAUGUGCGCGGGGGAAGGGGCGGUGAAAAAACGUAUUAUUAUCGUGAAAUAUUGUGAUAUCACCAUACGAUAUUAUUAUUAUUAUAAUUUAUAUGCCAUUGCUGCAAUUGUGUAGACGUCAACAAAAAAAUCCAACUAUUCCUUAUCAAUAAUUGUGCGCUCUCGCCCUCGCGGAAUUCGCGUUCGCGUCGAAAAGUGAAGACGCACGAAAUAGCGUAACACUCUAGCACGGCGACGUACGCUUUUCGGGACGUUGGGUUUGGUUUUUUUUUCGCGGAAGUUCCGUUUCCGACGUGAUUUCCGGGUGACCGCAAACGAGUACCCACAAACGGUCCGCCAAGAUGAUGAGCCGCGCCGACGGUCUGGUGCAAAGGCGCAACGUCAACAGGGACAACGCGGACGGCGUUUCCAAGGAGAACGGCCAGUCGGCGGCCGACAAACUCGACUACGAGGAAGACAUCGAUGACGGUGACUCUAAGGAGACACGGCUCACGUUAAUGGAAGAAGUGCUGUUGCUUGGUCUCAAAGACAAAGAGGGGUAUACAUCAUUUUGGAAUGAUUCAAUUUCAUCUGGCUUACGUGGAUGCAUACUUGUUGAACUUGCACUUCGUCAAAGAAUUGAACUAGAAAAAGCUGGCAUGCGAAGAAAAAGCCUACAAAUGAGGAAAGUAAUUAUAAAAAAUGAGACGCCUACAGGUGAUGUUUUGUUAGAUGAAGCUCUCAAACAUAUCAAAGAGACCAAUCCUCCUGAAACAAUACAAAGUUGGAUUGAAUAUUUGAGUGGUGAAACGUGGAAUCCUUUGAAAAUCAAAUAUCAACUGAAAAAUGUGAGAGAACGAUUAGCAAAAAACUUAGUAGAAAAAGGUGUUCUCACCACUGAAAAACAAAACUUCCUUUUAUUUGAUAUGACUACGCAUCCAUUAACAGAUAAUGAAGCUAAAGUUAGGCUAGUUAAAAAGGUGCAAGAUGCUGUUUUGUCUCGGUGGAUUAAUGAUCCACAUAGAAUGGAUAAACGACUGUUGGCUUUAUUAUUGUUGGCUCAAGCAUCAGAUGUACUGGAAAGUGCAUUUUCUCCACUAAAUGAUGAAGAUUAUGAAUUAGCUACUAGAAGAUUACGAGAAUUAUCAGAUAUGGAUUUAGAAGUUGAGUCAAUGAAAGGUUCUACUAAUGACGUAAUUUGGGCUGUAUUUGCCAAUUUCAAUAAAUAAGUUUAUUUAAGACCAAAUAGUUAACCAACAUUCUUAUACAUUGCUGGGGAAGAAUAUAAAUAUGUAAUAAAUAAUAUUGUAUAAUCAUUUGCCAUUUUACGUUUUAUUGAUUUUCUUAAUGAAAUUAUAUUUUUUAUUUAAUAUGCAUUGACUAGGUAAACCUAAUGUAUUUUCAAAAAUGUAAAUAACUAGAAAGUCAGCAGACUAUUGUACAAAAAAUAAUGGUUAAAUAUCAAAUGUGAAUGCCUUGUAAUAUAAAUGUAUUAUUUAUUUUGUAAUACCUAAUAUUACUUUUGGUCAUUAUGAGUUAAACUAAAAUUGUGAGUAGUAAAUUUA